AUGCGGAGAUCGCCUGCAAGAUUGGUGGUGGCCUCACCUCUCUCAAGUCCGCUGGUAGCGCACGGCAAUGGAGGCGUUCUGCUGGGCUACUGUGCGAGGCGGCUGCAGGCUCCCGAACGCUGCGACAACGCGGCGGGCUGGGACCCAGCGGCGCGCGCCGAUCGGGAGGAAGAAGCGACCACCACUCCCACGCGGAAGCGAAGCGGCGGCGGCGGCAAGGGUCAGCGAGAGGCGGAGAAGGUGAUCACCGACAUUACGCCGCACCUGGCCGAGCUCGACGCCGAGAAGCGGCAGAAGGGCGGCGUGGACCCCAAGCACGUCGCCGCCGUGCUCCGGAUGGUGUGGGAGGGGCGCGAGCACGUCAGCGAGAAGGGCCGCGAGGGCGAACGGCUGCUGCGCCACCUUAAGUGGCUCCGCGCUGGCGGCGAUGACGGCGAAGGCGGCGUGGAGGGAUACACCGAUCUCAUCUCGGCCCUGGCCAAGUUCGGCCUCGUGGACGACUGCUUCGCCGUGUUCGACCGGAUGAAGGGCAGCGGAGUGCAACCUAACGAGUGGACCUACACUGCGCUCAUCUCUGCGUGCGUGCCGCAGCGAGACCGGACGCGCGCCAUGCGCGUGUUCGAGGAGAUGCGGGAGCAGCGGGAGGACCUCAAGCCCGACGCGGUCACCUACACGCUGCUGCUCAAGGCCAACGAGGGCCGCACGGUGGUCGAGGUGAAGGAGGCCAUGCAGCUCCUCACCAAGCUGAAGAAAUCAGGAGUCGUGCCUAACGUGCGAUUGUUCGACGCGCUGAUCAACGUCAUAUCCGGCAAUAACUUCCUCGAGGGCAAGGUCGGACUCAACCAAGAGAAGAAAGAGAUGGAGGAGGGCAGGAGUAAGUACAGCAAAUACAAGAGAAGGGACAGCAUGCACGACCAAGCGCGAGCGCAGAAGGAGAUGCGGGAGAUGGGCAAGGCCCAGCGGCUCGAGCUGGUGCUCGACGUGCUCGAGCGCAUGAAGGAAUUCGAAAAGCUCACCCGCGAGGUCACCGGCGCCGAACCGCUCAGGGCCAACAUCUACCUGUUCAACUCGCUGUUCCGCGCCUACAAGCUCAACGGCGAGAACCAGAGCGACUUCGAGGAGGCCUUCGUCGUGUUCGAGGAGCUGAUGAAGCCGCGCCCGAACGUGGAGACCUACACGACGCUGCUCGAGAUCGCGUGCAGGAUGCGCUACCGGGACCACGGCGAGCGGCUCAUCCGGAAGAUGAAGAAGGCCAAGAGCGUCAUCAACAGCAAGGCGACGGAGAGCGAGCGCGCCGAGCUGGAGCGGCUCAAGGCCAGGGUAAAGAAGCUGCCGCUGUCCCCCGAGGCCGUCCUGCAACUCCAGCUGGCGCCCGAGGAACCCGUCGAGGCCGAUCUGGAUGACGACGACGCCACCAUCAUCGACAGCACCACCGCAUAA